AUGGACCUGUCGGUGCCAGAAGACGAGUUCUGGCAAGCGAAUGUAUGGAAUGAAGAAGACGACUCGGAGUGGGGCGCUGAUUCUGAGGACCUGGCUGAAGUGGCAGACGAGUUUGAUUCGGAUUUCUUCGAGUCUUCCAGUAGUAGUGAUGAGGGGAAUGAGGGUGAGAAAGAGUUGUUGAGACAGGAGGAAGCACGCAAGCGCAAAAAGCGGUUCGACUAUGAGAAGAUAACAAGAGUUCGUCAGCAGCGUUUGGCGAACAGCACGAGAACGUGGAGUGUUUUGGAGGAAGAUGGGGAAGAGGAGGAACAGACGAAGGGUCGAAAGGCUAAGAAGGUAACCCAAGCGAUGUUGCUGGCUGAGGCUCAGAAGACAGAGCAAGCAAAUCUUAAACUGUUACAAGCCCACCUGGAGCAGAAUAGUACUCAUCGGGAUACUACCACUGCUACACAAUACAAGCUAUUAACUUCUGGACAGAUCCGGACGCUCUUUUCGUGGAGCUCGGAACGUAAAAUCCAUAGCGAAGAGCUCAAAAAAUCCGCAGAACAAAUCGACUACGAACGCACACUGCCACCCUUCGAACGACAGCUGUACCUCUUCUCCAAUCUAUCCAAACCAAAAGAGUCCUCCUUCCCCUCCAUUUACACAGCACCCAAACCCAUCCUCACCCUCAACACUGGCCAUAAGUAUAUGGAACCUGUGACCAGAUCCCUGUAUAACACCGUUGACGAGUUCCAACGCAUGCGGGACAUAGCCCGAGGUGCUGACUACCAUGCAUUGGUAACCACGUCCAUGGGACUUUUGAAUAAGCUUUAUAAGGCAUCAAAACAUUCCGUCCCUCCAACAUGA